CGCCCAGCUACACUAGAAAGUUUAUGAGCGUUUACACGACUGACUGCUCCCUUUGCACUCGUGGAUUAUACCCGCAAUUUAAAAGGGACAAUCUCCAUUGAUAUCUGACCUUUAACCUAUCAAGGCUGGAUUUGUGUGGUCACCCCUCUGGAGCGGAACCACUGCCACCACAGUCACUGCCGUGCUGCUAUUGGACGAGGACGCUGCUCUCGCUGCCCGAGCACCUAGACACCGGCCAGUUCUUCAUUGAGGCUCCCACAGAUAUCUGACUUCGAGAUGGACAGCAGUAACAUGUCACUUUUACCCCUGCUUCUACUCUGCCUUGCCAUUGCCACUUCAGCAUCCCAGCAGACGUGUGAGCCAGUGAAUGUUCCUGACAACCAGAAUGCCUGGAUCAGGGUGAGGGAGAUGCCAACAGGCUGCUGGACCAGCUACACCACUAAGGACAGUAAAGAGGUGCACAUCCUCAGCCUGCACUUCCUUCCUGGGGCUUCCACCAUGUUUGCACUAAACAUGACCACUGCCAAGCCAAUGCACCUCAUCAUCACCACAGACUCAGAGCAGGUCAUAUACUUUCUGACCAAUGCUAACGUGGAUGUCAGCUUAUACAUGGCCAACAACUCCAAUAUAAUGUUUUAUGGUUCAGGAGGCAACAUCCAUAGAAAAGCGCUGCCCACAGGCAAUGAAGAUCUAGUGAGGUGGGCCACCGAGGAGUUUGGUGGGGUGACGUCUUUCACCACCGUCCAGAACCCAACGAGCAUCGCUUCCACAGGGAGAGAGGGAACAAGACUCCUUCCAACUGGCUCCAACAACUGUACACUUGAAAAUGAAUGGCACUCCCUCAAGCACUAUCUGACAUUCAAAUCAAACAUACCUUCAUCGAUCAAGUCCUGCUCGAACCAGCCUCUCAACAGUCACACUGAGAAAGAACUAUAUAUCGUUAACAUCCCUGAGGAUGUCAGCAUUCGCUAUGUCUCUGUGCACGUCAUCAGUGAGAGGCAGAUCAGUCUGUUCCUAAGAGGUCCCCAGGGUACCACGUGGAGCAUCCAUGACCCACAGCACACCAGCUUCUUUUCUAACAACGUGAUCAUGCUUGCUGCCACCAACAUGAUGCAUACGAUCCCUCCCACGGUCGCCAUCAACACAGACAGUGCCGAUGCUGUACAGAAGAAGGCCUUGGACCAUUUCAAAGCAAGCACCAUCACAAGCUACUCUGAGAUCCGAACCGAGGGCACCAUGGUCACACUGGUCCUGGGGAAUAAGGACCACACACAAGUCACAGAGACUGCACCCACCGAGACCACCCCAUCGCCCGCUAGCCCCCCUCAGAUGCCUCUGAUCAUGCAGCUGUACACCUCUCCAGACUACCGCUCCCCCCUGGACCUCAACGCCAAGGUGCAGAGCGACAAGAGGAUCUACGCAGAGAUCUCAGGGAGGAUGCUGGGGGAGAUUGUGCUGACCAUCGAGGUGAUCAACUGCUCGGUGCGCUCCAAGGGCUCAUGCCCGGUGGUCAGAGACAUGCCCUUCAGGUCAGAGAUGUGCUCCUCCACCAUGUGCCCCAACAGUACCAGGGUUAGCUUCUCCCUGGAGCUGCUCCAUGACCUGGCGUCCACUAGCUGGGACCUGGAGUGCUCCGUCAAUCUCUGCUUCAGUGAGAAAUGUGGAGAUGGAGGAAGAGUGAAGAGGAAUUUGGAGGUCACCCAGACAUACAUCCCACCACCAACUGUGUGUAUUGACUUUGGUCUGUCAGCCGUGCUGGGCAUUGCUUUCGGAGGCUUCCUGAUCGGAGUUCUGCUUAUUGGAGCUCUGUGGUUCAUCAAGAUCCGCACAGGAUACCCCACCGGACUGGAUGUCGGGUCGACUGCAGUAAAUCUCUCAGGAUGUCCUUGCUCUCUGACCAGCAAACGGCAACCCGUUUCUACGAACCCCUCCCCCUCUGAGAACAGUAGUGCUAAUGCCAGCAUUGGCAGCACUCAGAGCACGCCAACCAGCAGCAUGGCAUGAGAUCAUCAGCACCACCGUCUCCCCUUUCCGACACCACGAGGGGCCUUGUGCUAUUUGGUCGCUCUUUCACCAUGCUUAAGAAAGCAUUACCCCCCUCUCUUUAGUCGCACCACAAACACGCACCCGCUCUCACCCGUAACCUCACCUGAAAGUGGUGAGGUCGGGGGCGGGAAGGGGUGGAAGGAGCAGGAAUGGGAGGGUGGGGGGCGGCUCUAGUCUAGUCCAGGCACCUAAGAUUCACCUCUCUCGCCUCCCAGCAAAAGUUCCAGACGGAAAGUCAGCGAGGGUGAAAAAAAAGACCCCGGCUCCCAGCAACAGGAAAAACAAAGCAUAUCCCCUAAGAACUAACAGGAAAUUCAUUGCAUUCUUCUCAAUAAAUUGUGCUUCUCUGAUGGCGGCACAAUAAGAGUCAGUCAGUGAAAAAAAGAGACAAAAGAUUGACUUUUAAAAACAUUAUUAGAGAAACUGUUUUUGUCUCUCGACAUCCAUAGUUGUUAUGAUUGGAAAUGUCAGUGCCCCUUAUUGUAGGCAAUUUAGAGAUAGAUUCAGGACUGACACCUGUUCUAUCACAUUGACUGUAGUUUUAAUUAAAAUUGUAUUACUGUAUAUGGGUGGCUGGAAGACACCUUGUCAGAUUUGAAGACUUUAGACAGAUCAACAAAGCUAAAAUAUCCAAUGUUCUCCUCCAAUACCAAGGGGUGUCUGUCUUUAUAUGAGUCAGGAAAGAUUGGGAAAAGGCUACCUCUUAAUUUAUGUAGAUGUCGGAUUGUUAAGCACAAGCAUGAGAAUGGGUUAUUCUGGUGAGCUAGUCAGAUACCUUAUUUUUUUGUUUCUCUUUCAUUCCGUUUUCACUUGAGUUACAAUGCAUUCGGGAAGUUUUCAGACCCCUUCCCUAUUUUCCACGUUUCGUUACAUUACAGCCUUUAUUCUAAAAUGGAUACAAAUAUUUUAAAAACUCAUCAAUCUACAAACAAUGCCACAUAAUGACAAAGUUAAAACAGGUUUUUGCUCAUUUAAAACAAAAUGAUUUACUUAUUGACAUAAGUAUUCAGACCCUUUGCUAUGCGAUUCUAAAUCCAGCUCAGGUGCAUCCUUUUUCCAUUUAUCACCCUUUUCUACAACUUGAUUGGAGUCCACCUGUGGUAAAUGAAAUUGAUUGGACAUGAUUUGGAAAGGCACACACCUGUCUAUAUAAGGUCCCACAGUUGACUGUGCAUGUCAGAGAAAAAAACGAAGCCAACGGGUUAAAGGAAUUCUUCUUGGCGCUCCGAGACAGGGUUGUGUCAAGGCACAGGUCUGGGGAAGGGUACCAAAACAUUUCUGCAGCAUUGAAGGUCCCCACGAACACAGUGGCCUCCAUCAUUCUUCAAUGGAAGAAGUUUGGAACCACCAAGACUCUUCCUAAAGCUGGUCUCCCAGCCAAACUGAGCAAUCGGGGGAGAAGGGCCUUGGUCAGGGAGGUGACCAAGAACCCGAUGGUCACUCUGACAGAGCAUCCGAGUUCCUCUGUGGAGAUGGGAGAACCUUCCAGAAGGACAACCAUCUCUGCAGCACUCCACCAAUCAGGCCUUUAUGGUAGAGUGGCCAGACUGAAGCCACUCCUCAGUAAAAUGCACAUGACAGCCUGCUUGGAGUUUGUCAAAAGGCACCUAAAGGACGCUGACCAUGAGAAACAAGAUAAUCUGGUCUGAUGAAACCAAGAUUAAACUCUUUGGCUUGAAUGCCAAGCGUCAACUCUUUGAGGAAAUCUGGCACCAUCCCUACGGUGAACAAUGGUGGUGGCAGCAUCACACUAUGGGGAUGUUUUUCAGCGGCAGGGACUGGAAGACUAGUCAAGAUCAAGAGAAAGAUGAACGGAGCAAAGUACAGAGAGAUCCUUGAUGAAAACCUGCUCCAGAGAGCUCAGGACCUCAGACUGGGGCAAAGGUUCACCUUCCAACAGGACAAUGACCGUAAGCACACAGUCAAGAUAACCCAGGAGUGGCUUUGAGACAAGUCUCAGAAUGUCCUUGAGUGGUCCAGCCAGAGCCCGGACUUGAACCCGACCAAACAUCUCUGGAGAGACCUGAAAAUAUCUGUGCAGCUACGCUCCCCAUCCAACCUGACAGAGCUUGAGAGGAUCUGCAGAGAAGAAUGGGAGAUCAUACCCAAAUACAGGUGUGCCAAGCUUAUAGCAUCAUACCCAAGAAGACUCAAAGAUGUAAUUGCUGCCAAAGGUGCUUCAACAAAGUACUGAGUAAAGGGUCUGAAUACUUAUGGAAAUGGUAAUAUUUCAGUUUUUAAUUUGUAAUAUAUUUGGGGAAAAACAGUUUUUGCUUUGUCAUUAUGGGGUUUUGUGUGUAGAUUGAUGAGAGGAAAAAACGAUUUAAUACAUUUUAGAACAAGGUGGUAACGUAACAAAAUGUAGAAAAAGGGAAGGUGUCGGAAUACUGUACAUCAUAUUGUUUUGCUCCAAGCCAUCUGUUACAUACAAGCAGAAUUUAUAACUAAAUGUCCAUGCAUGUCAAUGUUACCUAGGAGCCUUUGCGUAUGAAUAGUUUUUAUAGUCCAUUUAAAAAAUAUAUAAUAUUUAUCUGAAAUUGUAUUAUGUCUAGCUAGAUAGAGACACAUUUUACUUUCCUCAAUGCAAACUAAAGUCAACCCCAAAGCAAGUUUUUACCAAAAACAUUGUGAGAUUUGUAAAGACCAACAAAAAAAAAUAUGAAAAAUUAAGAUUUAACAUCGAAAUGAUUGAACUCAGGAAAAACUAUAUUUGGCAUUAUCGUAAUUUCGGGACAAAUGAUUGAUGUUCAGUGCCAAGAAAAAUGGAAAUCAGAUGUGAUAGAUGGUUGAACCGUAAAUGUAAACCCAUUCUGUGUGUAAUUGUACAAAUGUAAAUGUAUUAUUAUUGUAUUGCCUCUUUUUACCUCUUUGAAAAUGCUCUCACAAUACAAAGAAAAGCUUUGUGAUUAUGACCUGCUGGGUAUAAAGACAUUCCCUUCAAACAUUCCAUUCAGCCAUGUCUCUGAAAGAAACAGCAAUACUGUACCAAAAGUAUACAGUUUGUAUACUAAUUGUUAUGUUUUUAUUGUUAUGAUUGUACUAGUUAUUGUUCAUUACACAAACUUAUAUUUGUUGAGUAAUUAAUUAUUAAUUAGUCAUUCAUUUGUUUUGAUACUGUCACCAAAAGCAGCCAUCUUAAAACCAAAUGAGCUUCUUCAACCAAAACACAUGGAAUGGACCAAUAUGUUUUUUUCCCCCCCCCUAAAUAAUUAUGUAGCUAACUAAUAAUGCAUUGUGUGUGUGUGUUUCUAUGUGCAUGUGUGAGUGAGUCAGUGAGUGAGUGAGUGAGUGAGUGAGUGAGUGAGUGAGUGAGUGAGUGAGUGAGUGAGUGAGUGAGUGAGUGAGUGAGUGAGUGAGUGCGUGAGUGAGUGAGUGCGUGCGUGCAUGCAAGUGUGCAUGCAAGUGUGCAUGCUCUAACUUAUUCCGUUCAAAUAUAUACAUAUAUAGAUAUAUAUUAAAUCAAAUAGCUUACUACACACCCCAAAACUUUUCAAAUGUUCAAAUCAAGAGGCUAUUGCGCAGAAAAAUGUGGACAGUCGGGUGCAUUGCAAAUUCAGAACCUCUGGACAGCGACAUAAUAAACUGAAGCACUGAUCAUUGGGAGCGAGAUCAGAAAUAGGUAGCCUCGCCUACAAAACUAAAACACCCCAUAUGUUCAAAUGAAAAGUCCUGAUUUAACAUGACAUUAAUUACACAGCCACAUCCUGAGUACCCGGUGCCGACACGUUCAGAAAUCAAAAGAUGGUUUGUGCAAUAGACCGCUGCGCCACUCGGGAGGCCCCAUUGAAGCUAUUAUGAGCCAAAACUUUUAACCCACAAUAGUCAGCAUAUAAGGGGAGCACUGGCGUCCCACUGUUUUGAACCUCCACAGGCAAGCAACUGUGAAUGAAGGGAGUGUUGUAGUAUCAGACAGUCUGUGACAGCUAGACUCUCUGAGAGUACUGACAGAAAGCAGGGUAAAUCAGAUGGGCUGUCAGUUAAUCUGGUUGUUAACCCAGCAGAUUCUGGCCCAGCCUCUGACAAGGGCUUCCUCUGCUCAUAGAUACACAUGAGCCAAGCAAUCCUCAACACACGGCACUUGUCCCUUUCUCACAAUGCUAGACACUCGCAAGGCGAGGCGAGCAGACUGUGUGUAUGUGUGUGUUGAAGACAGAAUAUGUGCAUGUAUUACGAGAGAGAGAGAGUGUGUGUGUGUGUGUGUGUGUGUGUGUGUGUGUGUGUGUGUGUGUGUGUGUGUGUGUGUGUGUGUGUGUGUGUGUGUGUGUGUGUGUGUGUGUGUGUGUGUGUGUGUGUGUGUGUGUGUGUGUGUGUGUGUGUGAGUGAGAGAGAAAGUGAGUGAGUGAGUGUUUGUCUUUCUGGAGGUGUCUUUGUUUAUAUCCAGAAAGGAGAGGGACUUAGGAAGUGGUUAUGAGCUUUUUGUUAUUGAGUGAUACACUCAACGCAGCUCUUGAGUUGGGAGGCUCCCAAAAACGUACAAGGUCUAAGUGUGGAAGAAAAAUAUCAUCCAAUAUUUCUUGCAUCAUAUGCAAUUGAAAUCACAUAAAAAAGGGGAUUACUUUUUUUGUUUUAUCACAUUUCUUUGUAACUAAUAUAACAUGUAAAAACGGAAUACAUUGAAACUCAUCUGGACAGACAGGAAUAAUAACAUUACCAAGUAUCUUAACCCUUGAAAUAUAUUCACAGGAAUGCAUUUUUCUGUUAUCUAUUUUUUUCCUAUAAGCAGCAACAUGAAGUAAUUUCCCUCAUUUUGAUCUGUACUGGGCUGCUGUGUUAGAAAUAAUGCCUUAGAUUAAAGGCUUGUUUGUGCCUGGGUAUAAUGUGUCUAUACAGGAUGUCACUCUUCAGGAUUGUUAACAACAUUGUUAGUCUGUCAUCUUAACAAAAUUACUGCUCCAAUUCUAUGCAUGGAUGAAAAAAUGCAGGGAAUUCCAUAACCCUGGCUAAAGUGCCUUUUAUGGUGCACUGAACAAAUACAAAUGAUACCGUAUGUUGUCUUUUGAAAAGUAUAUAUGUUUUUUGUGUGUAUCAACCGUCUUAAUAAAAUUAGUUUAAGAAACUGA